AAAAAAACUGAAAGUUCAGAAAACAAAACUCAGUGACUCACUGCGACCAGCCUCCCGUUACCACCGCCGGUUCUUAAUCUAUUACCUAUUUGUGCAAAGCCCAUUACCCGUUCGUCGUAGCCCGCAGUACUGGAAAUUGUGUUUUCGAGGCGAAAUCAGCGAAAACUUUUAGUCAUUGCAUCUUUGGUUUCGUGCGAAGUUUAGAGAUGCCGCAAGAUAUUAGGAAGUGGUUUCUUAAACCACAUGACAAAGACAAAGGCAAUGGCAAUGGCUCAAUCUCUGCAAAUUCUGCACCAAGCAAUUCAGAGCCAAUGAAUUCAGAGCCCUUUCGUGGAGGCAAAGAAGGUUCAGGUAGAAGAAAAACUAGCAAGUAUUUUACUGCUGAGAAACAAAAGCUAGAUGAUGAAAAAGGAAAAGCGGAACUUCCAGCUAAGAGGAAAACACAAAAUGAUAUUGAUGAUUCCCGUAAAUCUCCACGAUCAAGGAAAAUUCAGAAAGUUGAUGACAAUGAUGAUGACUUUGUCUUGCCGAAUGAGAAGAGGGGCUCUAGUGUCACUCCCAGAAAGAAAUUGAAGUCUAGUUCAGGUAGGGGAGUUGCACAGAAAUCUGUAUGUGUUGAUGAUGGUGAUGAGGAUAAUGUUAAAGAUUUAGAGCCUCCUGUUAAGCCCAGUGGAAGGGGUCGUGGUGGUAGAGCAUCAGGGACACCAGCUAUUGGAAGAGGCAGAGGUGGUGGACAAGGUGGAAUUAUGAAUUUCGGGGAAAGGAAAGAUCCUCCACACAAAGGAGAAAAGGAAGUCCCUGAAGGUGCUCCUGACUGCUUAGCUGGUUUGACUUUUGUAAUUAGUGGAACACUUGACAGUUUGGAAAGGGAAGAGGCUGAAGAUUUGAUUAAACGCCAUGGGGGACGUGUUACUGGAUCAGUCAGCAAGAAAACGAAUUAUCUUUUAUGCGAUGAAGAUAUUGGGGGAGUGAAAUCAACUAAAGCCAAAGAGCUUGGUACUGCUUUCCUUACGGAGGAUGGAUUGUUUGAUAUGAUCCAUGCAUCAAAUCCAGCAAAAGCACUUGCACAAGAUGAUUCAAAGAAAUCAGUGGAGAACGUUGCUACAUCUCUGCCCCUCAAGCGAAGUCCCCAAAAAGUCGAAGUGAAAAGCAACUCUUCGGCAACAAAGGUAGCCUGUGAAAGUACAAUCUCAUGUGCUUCUCCUGUAAAGAAGAAAAAGCAAAAUAUCCAGGAUUCUUCGUUGACAUGGACAGAAAAGCAUAGGCCAAAGGUUCCGAAUGACAUUGUCGGGAAUCAGUCACUGGUUAAUCAGCUUCGUAAUUGGUUGGCACAUUGGAAUGAACAAUUUCUUGGUAGUGGAACUAAGCAAAAUGGAAAGAAGAAAAUUGAUCCUAGUGCCAAAAAGGCCGUGCUUUUAAGUGGAGCACCUGGUAUGGGAAAAACAACAUCAGCAAAGUUGGUUACUCAGAUGCUGGGUUUCCAGGCAAUUGAGGUUAAUGCUAGUGAUAGCCGUGGGAAGGCUGAUUCCAAAAUUUCAAAGGGAAUUGGUGGAAGCAAUGCGAAUUCUGUCAAGGAACUUGUCAGCAACGAGGCAUUGAAUUCUAAAAUGGAUCGUUCCAAGCAUCCAAAAGCUGUGCUGAUUAUGGAUGAGGUUGAUGGAAUGUCAGCUGGAGAUAGAGGUGGAGUUGCUGAUCUUAUUGCUAGCAUAAAGAUCUCCAAAAUUCCUAUUAUCUGCAUAUGUAAUGACCGCUACAGUCAGAAACUUAAAAGUCUUGUAAACUAUUGCUUGCUUCUCAGUUUUCGGAAACCUACAAAACAACAGAUGGCUAAGAGGUUAAUGCAAAUUGCGAAUGCUGAAGGUCUUCAGGUUAAUGAGAUUGCUCUCGAGGAACUUGCAGAGAGAGUGAAUGGAGAUAUGCGCAUGGCCAUAAACCAACUGCAGUAUAUGAGUCUCUCCAUGUCAAACAUCAAGUAUGAUGACAUAAGACAGCGCCUUCUUAGUAGUGCCAAGGAUGAAGAUAUUUCACCAUUUGCAGCUGUUGAUAAGCUGUUUGGCUUUAAUGGGGGAAGGUUGAGAAUGGACGAGCGGAUUGACCUGAGCAUGAGUGAUCCAGACCUAGUCCCUCUACUUAUUCAGGAAAAUUAUAUUAAUUAUAGGCCAAGUUCAGGUGGUAAGGAUGAAAUGAAGCGAAUGAGCUUGAUUGCCCGUGCUGCUGAGUCUAUUGGCGAUGGGGAUAUAGUUAAUGUGCAAAUUCGAAGAUAUCGACAGUGGCAGCUCUCUCAAACUGGUUGUCUUGCAUCUUGUAUCAUUCCUGCUGCUUUGUUGCAUGGACAAAGGGAGACGCUUGAACAGGGAGAAAGGAAUUUUAACAGAUUUGGUGGGUGGCUGGGAAAGAAUUCAACAACGGGUAAAAAUUUGAGGCUUUUGGAAGAUUUGCAUGUUCAUCUUCUUGCUUCUCGUGAAUCUAAUUCGGGAAGGGAGACACUUCGACUUGAGUAUCUUACUCUCCUUUUGAAACAAUUAACUGAUCCACUGCGUGAGAUGCCUAAGGAUGAAGCUGUUAAGAAGGUUGUGGAUUUUAUGAAUGUUUACUCAAUAAGCCAGGAGGACUUUGAUACUAUUGUGGAGCUAUCAAAAUUUCAGGGGCAUGGAAAUCCGCUGGAAGGCAUUCCACCGGCUGUCAAAGCUGCUUUGACUAGAGCAUAUAAAGAAGAUAGCAAAUUGCGGAUGGUAAGAGCUGCAGAUCUAGUCACACUUCCUGGAAAGAAGGCACCUAAGAAGCGGAUUGCUGCAAUUCUGGAACCAUCUGAUGAAGGAAUUGGAGAGGAGAAUGGUGGUAUGUUGGCUGAUAGUGAAGAAGAAAAUUCUUCAGACACAGAGGACCCAGAUGCAGGAAAUGGUGAGAAGAUGCAGAAGGAAUUGCAAAGUCUGAAUUCAAAAGGAAUUGAAGUACAAGUGGAAUUGAAAGGAAGUGAAAGUUCAAGUGCCAAGAAGAAGGCGGCAGGCAGAGGGAAAGGUGGCUCUGCAUCCUCUGAGAAGAAAGGUAAUUCUGGAUCCAUGGAUAAGAAAGCUGGGCGUGGCUCAGGGGCUGCAGCCAAGAGAAAGAGAUGAGUAAGUGACCUAAGUGUAGGGUAUUAUAAAUUUCGGCAUGUAUAUAGUGUGCAUGAUAUUUUCCUCUAUACAACCAUUUUUGAAGGUUUCUUGUUGAAAGGUUGAGAGGAUUUUCCCCGCCAGUAGAUGCAUACUAUGGCGGACAAUAUGGUCAAAUGUAAGCAUUACUGGAUUGUUCUCCUUAUGAAAUUAUGAAUAUGUUUUAAAAUA